AUGGCCCGGAGCCUCGAUGAGUUAGUCGAGUUUUUACUCGCCGAGAUCGCCCUCUGUGGCAUGCGAGGUGCUGGAAGUGCAGACUUUCGCCGCUUCAUUUCUAAAUUCUUCGAACACACACAACAGAAUCUUCCACCUGAAGGAGUCGAUCGCUCCUACUAUUCAAAAGUCUGGGACUGGGUCCGCCGUCAUCGUGAUGUCCAAAUCGUUUAUCGCAAAGAACCUCGAAACCUAUCCCUUUCGGAAUUCGAGGCUCUUGAACUGCAAGAGACAGGUGCUAAUGGAGCUGACUAUAUCGAAGAACAGUCCAAUGCUUCAGCAGAGCCCAAAAAGGAAGCCGCGACUAGUGAAACUUCAACUGCUGACCGUUCCGCUUUCUACGAUUCACUACGCCAACGUCUGCUGGCGGAGGGUCUUCCACUUGACAUAUCCGCAUCUGCUGAGCAACAUGCAGGUAGUUCUGUAUCUUCAGAAACACUAAACGAAGCAAAUAGCACGGAUAUAAGGCGUACAAAUGGGUCUGCCUCUGGUCCUUUGUCGCUCCCCUCGCAGCUUCCCUCGGAACAGGGCACUUCUACCGACGAUGCACAUACGAGCGCAAAUGCUCCAGUUGUCUCACAAAAAGCAAGACGACCAAAUCCUAACGCUCCAGGCAACCGUCGCGGACCCCGCAAGGUCCCCAAAGGUUUUUUGAUGAUCAAGCCCACCUUCGAUGAACCGUCCGAUGCGACGACAGCCCCUCGCAUUUAUGUUAGUCAAAACCGAACUUGGCAAGCGGUCGCAGGUCAUUCUUUGGACCUUAAAAAAGUACCAAGCAUGCAGUUCAUGCUGCUAUCAAUCAUUGCUGCGUCUGGUCCUAAGGGCAUACUCCAACCUGAUCUCGUUCGGCAAAGUGGUCAAGACAAACGCUCCGUACCACAUAGGACCGACGAGCUGUUCAAGAAUGGCUAUAUAGAGAAGAAGACUGUGCAAGCUAAUAAGUUCCGCACGAGUCUUUGCAUCCAUAGGAAGUUCCUGAAUGACAAGCACUUCCUUAAUGGACCCAGUACGACCGAGGAGGUUUUCGGCGAUAGAACGCUUAUCUUCUCCAGCUUUGUCGAACUGCUCCACCAACUUCUCAUAGAAAACCCGGUGAUUCUUCAAAGAGACUUGAGGGUCAAAAUGGGCGUUGCCGUAGAGCUUUGGCAGUCCCGUGCCAUUAGGACGGCACUGGUACGUUUAGCCGAAACUGGUAUGAUCUACAGGCGACGCACAUGGAAGAAUAGUGCGCGAAACAAGAAGCCUGAGGAUAGAGACGAAUUAAAAGACUCGAUCAUCUUCAUAAAAUUGAAGCGGCCACCAAACGAGGAAGAUCUGAAUAACCUGAAAUUCCGCCGUCAAGCUGAUUCAACUACCGAAGAUAAGAAUCUGGAAGACAAUGACCUUGAUGAAGAUGAAGGGCUUGCUUUCGACGAUACGACUGGCGAAGGUCGCAUCGUGCCACAGUGGACGCCCGAUCGAUCAAUUGCCAAUCUGACUUUUGAAAUUAUUGAUCGUGCCGGGGUGGCUGGAUUGGACAAUGGUAGCAUUCGUGAUAGAACAACGGGACGGUUCUGGAAACGACCUAUCGAAUCGUAUCUUUGCCGAUUGACGGAUGCUUGGGAAGAAAGUCAGCCUCCGGAGUUCCGUCAUAAGGCCAUCAUCCGGGAUACUGCUCUGACGAUGGGUAAACGUUACGUCCAUUACCUCUAUCGCACGUACAACCAUUUUCAAGAGGUGGUCGAUUCAGGGAAAACUUCUUGGGCAGUCGUCAGUAAGGAGGCCGCUAAAAAGAGUGCCUCAGAGAAAAAGGGUCGUCCCAAGAAACAGCAGAGCGCUAUAGAGCUCAAUGAAUGGGGUUUCAUGGAUGUGAAUCCAUCUGACUUCCAGGGUCGCACUGGUACCGCAACUCUUCAGGAAUGCCGUUCAGCUAUAGCACCCUCGAAGCGUCGAUCGACUCAUUGGGAUAAUGCAUUGACAGAGGAGAUAGGUUACGAAAAGAAGAAGAGGGGAAGAAAACCCGCUAAAAUGUCUUCGAUCGUUCGGACUCCAGGCGAAAUCUUGUCAACAGAGGAGAAGCUAGCAUCCUCUGAGAUGCGUCGGAUCGAGAAGUACGCCAUGAGCCAGGCAAAGCGCGAAGGGAAGAUGGAGAAACCGAAACCCACCGAACCCGCAAAAGCCCCGAAGAUAAUCCAGCCCCCUCGGGAGCCACCCUUACUCUCUAUAGAGCAGCGGGUAGCUUUAGGUUUAGCGAGAAGAGGUCGCCUUGGAGCUGAUGUAGAGAACCAAAUUCGGGAACAUCGGGCAAAGACUGGUGAUCCAACCGCCAUUCCAGAUGUCAUCACCAAGAAUACUGGACCAAGAUCCCCAUCAACAUCGACGCACGAGGAGGAGGUCCUUCAGCCUGAGGGGGACAGUCAGCUGGACAAAGAGUUCGAGCAUUUUGAUCCUCAGCAGUUGAAUGCUGAGCAACCUGCUAAAAAGUCCCGACGCAAAACCGCCGAGCCACUAGGCAAGACUUUAUUCACUAUGGAGUUCAGGAAAAAGCAUAAUCUUCCGCUCAAGGGUCGCCUGAAGCAGAGUGUCAUCGAACACUACCGCAGCUUGAUUGAGGAAGAAGAGGCCUCGGUAUCUACCCAGACAAACCCUGAGCAGGGUGACGGCAAAGAGCCACCAAAUCUCGCAACGCCACCAGUGGAACUGCAUGUCGCUGUCGAGUCCGUCCCUUUUGCAAACCACUCAGAGGUAGAAAAUGAAGUUCACGAACGUUCACUUCCUAAAAAGCACAACGAUUUAGACCAACCUCAACUACCCGUCGUAGCAACCACCAAGCGAAAACAUGACGAUGAUUCUCUGGCCAAUGAAAACGCGAAGAGAAUCCGUGUAACACCAGAUGCUCAAGUGCUGGUCAACCAAGCGGAUGCAUCACGCUCAGCAGAAUCUUCCGCAGGACUUACUACAAAGAGGUCGCAGGACACAAACACCUUAAAUACUCCUCUCUCCGUUUUGUCUCAACCCACCGAGGGAAUAGUUGGCGCAGCGGAUGUAGCUUCAGGUUCUCACUCCUCGCCCCAGAUCGUGGAUGGGGCAGAGAUUAGUCAAGGACCCGAGUGUACAACGAGUGCAACCCAAGACCCCCAAGCCAUCCUGCCAGAAUCGGCAGUUGGGUCUCCGUCCCUGGUAUCCACCCCUGGUGAAGCCAUUGCAGAGGAAUCUCCACAGGUGUCGAACUCCCGAGAAGCAGCAUCUACAUUUGAACAGCGCGUGCAGGAGAUCAUUCGAUCAUUCACCACACGCGAGAAACCGGGGCUAUACAUCAAUCCUUUUGCUACUCGUGCGAUCCCAAGAGGUCGUCCAAAGAAAGCAUUGAUGGCGAUUUUCAAAUUUCCCCAGCUGCAAACAUUCGACUGGUUCAUAUCCAAUCCUAGUAUUUCUAGCAACAGGUCUGAACCCAGCACACCAAAGUCGAAGAGAACGAAAGAAAUCCGAGGACAAUGGAAAAAGUCUAAGAGAACUCCGAGAAAGCAACUCACUGCUUCUCUAGAGUCUACACCUGACGUGGAGACGCCAGUAUCAGGAACUCCAGUACCAGGAACACCAGUAUUAGGAACACCGGUGCCAGGAACACCAGUGCCAGUUCUGACAGUGCCAGACACGCCAGUGUCAGAAAUGCCCGUACUAGACACACCAGUGCCGGAAACGCCAGUAUCAGAAACGCCAGUUGUAAUGAGUAUUGAGCCUAGAAAUGAGUUGUCUGGACCUGCAGAGACUGAAGAGCGAGUCCAGACAUCCGAGGGGCAAGAUGAACCUGUAUCGGCAGAGAUUCAAAGCAUACCUACCCCCACGCCGUCUUCCUGGGUUGCAAUAAACGCGAGUGCGCCUGUUCAAACUACCCCACAGCAAAGCUCUCAUACUACCUUGGAAAUAGAGGGGGGGGUAGCCACUCAAUCACCCAAACCGGCAAUAGACACUCUACCAGCCUCCAAUAUUGAAGGCCAGAAGACUCCCGGGACCCUAACGCCAGCGGUUCCGACACCCGCUACCGAGGCACCCACUGCUGAGACACCGGCAGCUAUAGAAGACGACAAUAACCUCUCUGUUAUCGCCGAAACAGAUACUCAUGCGUACAGCCGAAACCGGAGAGCCGCAGAUCUGAGUCGCCGUGGAGUGGUACUUGGCAGGGGAACCGUUUGGCAGAAGCGUACAUCCUUGAUUAAACGUAUUCUCAAUCUCUGUGGCGGCGUUUUUCCAUUCAACGGAGAGGUCGCGCCCCCUUUCUUUACUCUGUGGAAGGAAGCCUACCCGGAUGCAGCGGUACCUGAUCGUACGACUUUAACAAAGACUAUCAAUAACAUGAUUGAUGAUCCGGAACAUAAGAUUCGAAAGUUUUCUUUCCGAGUACCUACACCUAGUGGUGCUUCUGCGGAGAAGUUCAUCAUUGCAUUCAAGGAUAUCGCCCCGACGGAUCCGAAGAUCAAAGAGCUGCGAAGGAACAUGAUUAAAGAGCACCCUCGUAAACAUUAUCCAGACCCAAUCAAAGAACACUUGGGUUCAUGGGUCGCCGACGAACGCUUGUCGCGCAGGAAAAAAUUGCCUGCCAUUGAGGACAUUGCUUUAAGUGAAUUGAUACCUGGGACAGCGCGAAAAUUACGUGAUCGCAUCAAGAAUACGAAGAGAGCCCGGAAAGAAGAGCAGCUGCAGAAAAAGCAGCAACAAGAUGAGAUCCGGACGAGAAUCAAUGCAGCCGCAGAUCAUAGGUCUAAGGUAUCUAUUGAUAUUGCUGGUGCAGAGCGCCCAAGACGUCAAAGACUAGACACACUUAAUAGGGAGGCUAGAUCUUUCUUGUCAACUGUCCACUUAACGCGUGGUCGGCCUCUUCUGCCAAUGACGCGGGAUACUCAGCGAGCCAAGUCUCCCGCGCGUUCCGAUGCUUCUGACGAUAUUCCAUUGGCAAAUCUUCGGCCUCAGAAUUUCCAGCGCACCGCGCUGUUGGCGACUGGAGUGGACAAAGAAGUCCAGGAACUAUCUGCAGGCUCGGAAUUCGAAAGUGAGAAUGUUUCCAGUCCAGGCGCCGACCAGGAACCUCAAGCUGAGGGCCAAUCCUCGCCAGAGUGUGAUUCCAAACCGUUCAUGCAUGCUUUCCUUACCCCCAUGGUUUUUUUCAAUCCCUCUAAUGGUACUUUCUCUACCGAUUUCGACGUUUCCAAACCUGCAGAGAGAGCACGAAAAGGUUCGCACCGAGGUGUGAAACGAGUUAGAAUCGCGGACCCAAGUAACGAUCAACCCCGAAAGCGACAAUACCGGAGGAGAAUCAAUACAAAGUUUUCCGCAAUCCAAGAACGUAAUAUCAGAUCGAGAGUCGAUCCGACUCUCGUUGAUCGUUUGACAGGUCUAACUGGCGAUCCGAAGGGCCGGGCUUGGACGCCUCGGAAGAGAGGAUCUGAGAGAAAACCAUGGACUCGUGCAAAGCCCAUGUCCGAGUACAAAGAGCGGGCGCCAAAGAAGAGUACCGGGCUUCCUGGCCAAGCGGAGCGAUUCAAGAAAGUCAUCUGUACAUUAGUCAUUGCAUCUUGCAUGGCUGGCGAGGAGGGUGCUAUCGACUGGAAUAUCGUUACCAAGGUCUACGAAUCUGACAAACGAUUCGAUCUUCAGAAGACUAAAAAUCUGUGGGCGUGGGCACAGAAGAACAUGCCUGCCCAAAUACAGAAACUCUCUGAAUCAUUUCAGUCGAAAUUCCUUGCAGCGUAUGAAGCUGGACAAUGUGAAAGCAUUGAAGAUCCGGCAACCCACGACUGGGCUGCUUUGGUACGAUGGGCACUCAGAAAUUGCGACUACCCUGAACCUCCCAUUCCGAAAUCGAAAGAUGCACUAAGUGAUUUCCUCAUAAUCGAGUCAGACCACGAGGCUUUCGACCGUGUAGCCUUCAAUUCGAGGGUACUGUCAAGUGUUGCGCGGGCUCAGCGGCUGCUCAGAUAUGCUUAUGGUCUUCCUCUGCAUAACUCCAAUGGCCAAAAACCCAAAGUGGACGACGAUCUUCGUGCGCGCUCAUGGAUUCGUGCAAACACGGCGACACCGCAGGCUGGAUAUAAUGGUAAGGCUGCCCACGACAAAUUAUCGACACUGAAUACCCCCACCCUCGAGCAUGCCGUGGAUGAUCUCUUGAAUCAAGGCAUCAUCAAAGCCAAGAAACUCAAACGACUGUUGCCGGGUCGAAAUUACGAUUUCCCGGCGUCCCAUGCACUCCGAUACCGACGCACAUUCGAAUUAGACGAUUUCAUGGACGCAAGGGAUGGUAAGAAAAAGCUCGAUGAAGUUUUUGCGAACGAAGACCCCGAGAAGCGCGUGGCUUCUGUAUCUCGAACAGCUCUAAAUGGCGCAGUUAUGGCGCUUCUCUCCCUCGUCAGUGAAGGCCAGGUGAGAUUGGUACCGCAUCUACCUCCUGUGAACAAUACACUGCGAGCACCAGCUCCACGCAUCUCCGUGUGGGGUUUUAGGGAGGGUGACUACACCCAUCGUCGUAUUGACCGUGCCUGUUUUUUCUGGAAUAUUGAUAUCGUCCCUACGUCCACAUAUCAGUUCGGUAACCCCCUCAACCCAUCUGAUACGCCGAUGUCUGAGCCAAAUGUCGGUCCUUGGCUGCCAUUGAAGGAGCCCCCACUGCCAGGAAAGAAUGAUUUGAAGGCACCACUCCCAAUUUGGAGCACUAUCGAAGGAAAUGCAGUUAUCUGGCCCUGGUGGUACCGUCUUCUCAACGUUGUUCUACAGGCUAUGAUGUUCCAACCAGAAGUAUCCGCCGCCGAGAUACAAAGGCACUGCGUCGACUGUGCAGCCGAGCGGUUCGAGGUUGAUCUGGUUCUUCAAUGGCUAGUCUCUAUCGGCGCAGCAAGUCAAUCCGAAACUGGUUUCACAAUGAAGAACAAUGCAUGGGCUGUGUUUGGAGAACAGCUACUCGACCGAGGAAACGACUGGUUUGGAGAGCACGUCAAGCGGAAGAAGAACGUAGAGUUCCGGCAGUCGUGGAAGCUACUGUGGAAACCAGAACAGCCCGAAGGAGAACCAGAAGACCCUGACUCUGGAGCCGAUGAGAUUCAAAUCCCGAAGUUCAGAAUCAUCGCUGAGGAGAAUAGACUGCAGAGGCCUCACCGUGUUGACAGUCUCAGACAAGAUAGGAGCAAAGGUAAAGGCAAGGCCAAGGCCAAAGGAAAAGGCAAAGGCAAAGGCAAGGCCAAAGCGAGUGACAAAGCCACGCCGAAGAGUGACACCGAACUCCCUGGCUCAGCUGUGCAGCCAAUCCAACCCACGGAUGCUGGAGGGGACACAGAGAUGGUUGAUGCCGACGAUCGUCCCUCAGGGGAAGAUGUAGCCAUGACGGAUGCCAAUACCAACGAUGACCUUGACGCCGAAGGCGAGGUUGAUCUAGAUGCCGAGGGCGAAGUUGACCCAGAUGCCGACGGUGACUACGACCUCGAUGCCGAGGGCGAAGACGAUCCUGACGCUGAGGGCGAAAUCGAUGAUGAGAUGUAUUGAGUAACCCGUUUCGUUACUUCAAAUAGGAAAGGUAUAUGGAGGAUGAUAGGAAGGGAAAAUUUGUUCUCUUGCGAGAGUAUGAAAGGGGAGGGGAUUUGUUUUAUGUACCAUUAUACCCGUGGGGCAACGCUAUGAGCACGAUAUGUCGGUCGUUCAGACAUACUGUAAG